CCUUUUGCGGCUGCACAGCAAGUAAAGCUCAGACUUUGAGAGGCCCUGUGCUUGGAUCCUCGUGUGUCUCCUAUUGUUUCAGGCUAUCUGAUAUAAUGCUUAGAUUGUAAGCUCUUGGGUAUCACUGGAAUUUUCAGACAUGCACAGCUGGAAGCUCCUUAGGAGCUAGACUAGAAAAGCAGAUCUUCAGGAUCUUCAUGAAGAAAGAUAACUGGCUGACAAGACUUUCAUCAACACUUCUUUGAUGUUUCUGAACUACAACUCCCAUCCAAUGGCCGUACAUAUAAGAAUGCUGAGAGCUACAGAUUUGUUUGGCUGACACAGUGGAGAAAGGAUACUGAAUGCACAACCCAAAGUGACAGUGGAUAAGCCGCAAGUCUUCAGAUCUUUUUUCCAGCACAUGGUGAUCCAGAAGCACAAUAUCCACAGAUCCUCAGGAACAGGCUGCCACUCCUCAUCCUCUUGUGAAGUUGGACUCUCAUCCACUUGAAGGAGCUUUCGUCUACUGAUUGGGGAGAGCAGACUGCAGCACCAGCACUGGUUAUAGGUACCUUGUCAUGGGGAACCUUCUUAAAGUUUUGACUUGCACAGACCUUGAGCAGGGGCCAAAUUUUUUCCUUGAUUUUGAAAAUGCUCAGCCCUCCGAAUCCGAGAAGGAAGUCUAUAAUCAGGUGAAUGUAGUAUUAAAGGACGCAGAAGGGAUCCUGGAUCAAUUACAGUCCUACCGAGGGGCCGGCCAUGAAAUUCGGGAGGCCAUACAGCAUGCUACUGAUGAGAAGCUGCAGGAGAAAGCUUGGGCGGCUGUGGUUCCGCUCGUAGGAAAACUAAAGAAAUUCUAUGAAUUCUCUCAAAGGCUAGAGGCGGCAUUGAGGGGCCUUCUGGGAGCCCUGACCAGCACCCCAUACUCCCCAACACAGCACCUGGAGCGAGAGCAGGCUCUUGCCAAACAGUUUGCAGAAAUUCUGCACUUUACUCUGCGCUUCGACGAGCUCAAGAUGACAAACCCUGCGAUACAGAAUGAUUUCAGUUACUACAGAAGAACCCUGAGUCGCAUGAGGAUUAACAACUUGCCAGCAGAGGGAGAAAACGAAGUCAAUAACGAACUGGCGAACAGAAUGUCUUUAUUCUACGCAGAAGCCACGCCCAUGCUUAAAACCUUAAGCGAUGCCACCACCAAGUUUGUAUCGGAGAACAAGAAUUUACCAAUAGAAAACACCACCGAUUGUUUAAGUACCAUGGCCAGCGUGUGCCGGGUAAUGCUGGAGACGCCAGAGUACAGAAGCCGGUUUACAAACGAAGAGACAGUAUCGUUCUGCCUGAGAGUCAUGGUGGGCGUCAUCAUCCUCUACGACCAUGUGCACCCAGUGGGCGCUUUCGCAAAAACGUCAAAGAUUGAUAUGAAAGGAUGCAUUAAAGUUUUGAAAGAACAGCCUCCCAACAGUGUAGAAGGUCUUUUAAAUGCUCUCAGGUACACAACGAAACAUUUGAAUGAUGAGACUACCUCGAAGCAAAUCAAGACGAUGCUGCAAUAACGGAUUUGCACCUCCUGCAGUUCGAAGACAGUAUUCUGCAAUGACUGAGAUGCACAGGAUUUUAGUGAUUGCAACGACUUUCUCCUUUUAUUUCCCCCCGGCUCUACCUAUUGCCCUUCCUGCUCUCCCUUCCUUUUUAAACUGUAAUUCUUGUUCUUAAAUAAGCUCCAUCUCCUUUUUUUUUUUUUUUUGUGCCAAAAUCAGUGAAAACCGAAAACGAUGAUAAAUCCUGGGAGGCAGUUGUACGUGUCAGAAUGGCGUUUCAGUGGCAGCUAUUUAAGCGUUGCGUUAGAUUUCCUCUGUACGGAGGAGGGCUCUGUGACUUGAACUAAAUAUUUUUUUUUUAAAGAAAUUUUUUUUUUUUCUUUUUAAAUUUUAUUUUGGUUUUUUUUGGGUUAAAAAACUAAUAUUUAAUAUUGCUUACAGUGCAUGGCGGAAUUGCCUACUUCUGCUAUUUAAAAAAAAAAGUAAAAAAAAAAAUUCUAUUGCAGCUUUUCUUUUUUUUUUCCUUGUGCAGAUAAGAAGGGCUUGUAGCACAUGUGCCGUUUUGACCACCACCCCUUUUUUUUUUUAUUCCCAAUCAAAAUGCCACAAAUACACAAAAUCCGCUUUGACUUUUCCAGAGAUCCUUAAAACCAUGGCGGUGAGAAUCGCUGGGAAAUCUUGGGUGUUAAAGUGUUUCCCGUUAAAGCACUCACAGGCGGUCUCUGGAAAUCAAGGUGUAUGUUACCAUGUAAGACCCAUUGCUUUGACCACACAUGUGCCUGGUUUCUAGUAAGCCUUAUGUUGACGUGAUUCCCAUUGGAUCAUCUCCGUAAAGUUAUGACACAUGAUGCCACAUGUUUUUACGUGGUCAACCACAAGUGGAGACCUUUAAAAAUGGUCAAACAAGAGUUGACUUAAAAUUAUACAUAUACCUGUUUUCUGGCUAGGGUUGAUGUUGAGGUGAUCCCCAAUAGAGCUCUGGAAGGCAUCUCCAGAAAGACGUGGCAGGUGAUGACACACUUUUCUUGGUCAACCACAAGUGGAGACCUUUAAAAAUGGUCAAACAAGAGUUCCCAGAGAUCAUUGAUUAACAUCACACAUAUACCUGGUUUCUGGCUGGGAUUGAUGUUGAGGUGAUCCCCACUAGAGCUCUGAAGGCAUCUUGACACACUUUUCUUGGUCAACCAUAAGUGAAUACCUUUAAAAAUGGUCAAACCAGAGUUCCCAGAGACCCUUGACUAAAAUUAAACAUAUGCCUGAUUCUGGUUUUGAAUGAUGUUGUGUGAUCCCAACUGGAGCCCUGGAAGCCAUCUCCUGAAAGUCAUGGCAGCUGAUGACAUACUUUUCUUGCUCAACCACAAGUGGAGACCUUUAAAAUUGGUCAAACAAGAGUUCCCAGAGAUCAGUGACUUAAAAUUAUACAUAUACCUGUUUUCUGGCUGAGAUUGGUGUUGAGGUGAUUCCCACUGGAGCUCUGGAAGGCAUCUCCAGAAAGUCGUAGCAGAUGAUGUCACACUUUUCUUGGUCAACCACAAGUGGAGAUCUUUAAAAAAUGGUUAAACAAGAGUUCCCAGAGAUCCAUGACAUACAAUUAUACAUUUACCUGGUUUCUGGCUGGGAUUAAUGUUGUGGUGAUCCCCACUAGAGCUCUGGAAGGCAUCUCCAGAAAGUCAUGUCAGAUGAUGACACACUUUUCAUGGUCAACCACAAGUGGAGACCUUUACAAAUGGUUAAACAAGAGUUCCCAGAGAUCCUUGACUUACGAUCAUAUAUAUACCUGGUUUCAGGUUGAUCUAUGAUCCCCACUGCAGUCUCUGGAAGGCAUCUCCAGAAAGUAGUGGCAUAUGAUGACCUUUUUUUCUUGGUCAAAACCACAAGUGGAGACCUUUUAAAUGGUCAAAGGAGAGUUCCCAGAAACCCAUGACUAAAAGCACACACAUACCUGGUUUCUGGUGAUAAUCGAUGUUGAUGCCUUGCUCUUUGAAACACCUGAAGGUGAUCUCCAGAACCUCAUGGCGUAUGAUGCCACACUUUAUUUUUUUAACUUGGUCAGAACCCCACCUGGGCUAUUAGCCUCCGACAACGAGCAGAUUUGUAUCAGUUAACUGUGUUGUAUAAAUUAAAAAAAACAAACAAAAUGGUACCCAGCACAAUGAUUUUCAUGGAUUCCUUAGUGAAGCAAAGAGUUUUCUGGUUGCAUUUGGACUCAUUUUUGUAAGGAUGUAUGUUGUAUGUUUUAAUCUUUGAUGACUAACAUUAAACCAUGUGAUGUGUGCGUAACGAUUACGUAUGCAUGUUUAUGUCCAAUGGGUGGCUGUAAACAAAAAAAAAUAAAAUAAAAAUCAGCUUUCAUUUU